GGCCCGGUUCGGUAUUGCGAAAUUAGUAAACCAAAGGUAAAGAGGGCAAUAGAAAGAAAGAUUCCCCCAGAUGCAUCAUCGAUUAGAUUAUUAGGAGGAGGAGGGAGAUCUGGGUGAGUGAAGAUGAUGAGUGAUUUUCAGAGAUCACUUUCGGCGCGGUUGAGCCGCCGAGGAGAAAGGAGUAAUCAAUCUAAUAAAGAGGAGGAGGGUGGUGGUGCAUCCUUGUUCUCUCCCAGUAGACUCCACUCUGAUUACGCAAUAAAAACAAUAUGGAAGGCAGGGUUCCUUCGUCUGCUUCUAGUUGGAGGCAUUCUGUGGAUGCUUCUCAUUCUUCUUGCCCUCCUCUUUCAUGUUUGGUCUUGUCAAUCUUCCCUUUCCUUCUUCUCUGCCAUUUGCAACAAAGAAGGCAGACUCUAUGUCGUCUUAGACACCAUUGGCUUUGUACCUAAACCCCAGCACCGAUGCCCCAUUCCGGUAGCCUAUGACCCUGAUAAGGUGCUCCUUCCCACUUCUAUAACCCCUGAUUCUAUUGUCACCAACCUGACCUACAUUACUGAGGAUGAUCAUCUUUCCUCCUCCUCUCCCUUUCCUCUCUUUGGCGGCAACAUUAGCUGGUCUCAACGUCAAGAAAGCUUUACUCUCAAACCCCAGAUGAAGGUCCAUUGCGGGUUCAUGCCAGGUGGUGGCGCUGAAAUGUCGUCUCUGGACAAACAAUACGUUCAGAAAUGUAAAUUUGUGGUUGCCACUGGCAUUUUCGAUGCUUAUGAUCAACCCCACCAGCCCUCUAACAUUAGUGAGCGUUCCAAGACCCUCUUCUGUUUCCUUAUGGUGCUUGACGAGGUCUCUCUCGAUUUCUUGAGGUCUAACACUAGUGUGAGGCAAGAUUCCCAAGGAGGCCAUUGGGUUGGCAUUUGGCGUCUUAUUCUACUACAAACUCCUCCUUAUGAUGAACCUCGGAGGAACGGUAAAGUCCCCAAAAUCUUAACUCACAGGUUGUUCCCUCAAGCACGCUACAGCAUUUGGAUUGACGGCAAAAUGGAGCUUAUCGUUGAUCCCUUGCUUAUUUUAGAAAGGUAUUUGUGGCGUGGGAAGCAUACCUUUGCCAUUGCUCAACACAAACAUCACCGAAACAUAUAUGAGGAAGCUGAUGCGUGCAAGAGGAGAAAGCGAUAUGCCCGACCUCUUGUUGAUCUUCAGAUGAAAAUAUAUCGGUACGAGGGAUUAGAACCAUGGAGCAUCAAGAAGAGCACUGUUAGUGAUGUUCCAGAGGGAGCGGUGAUAAUAAGAGAGCACACUGCAAUGAACAAUCUGUUCAGCUGCCUGUGGUUCAACGAGGUACACCUGUUAACGCCGAGGGACCAGCUUAGCUUUGGGUACGUAGUGGACAGACUAAAAGGAGCAUUCAAGGUGUUCAUGUUUCAGAACUGUGAGUACAACUCUCUGUUUGAACUGCACCCUCACAUCAGAGAACAUUCCUCAAAGAUAGAGUGGGUCAAGAGUCUAAAGGAACUGAAAGGGAAAGGAGAGAGUAUGAAGGAGAGCAGAGGAGGCUUUGGGCUGUGGACUCCAUACCCUGGGGAUCUGGAUUCCGUUGAGCUGCCAAAGGUAGUAAGAACUUCUAAAGCUGGUUGAGGCAAGAAACGGUUGUUAAAUUCCAAGUUUUACAAGCAUGCACUUCUUUCUUAAACAUUUUUUGUAAAAGGAAACAUGAUCAGCAUAGCUCAAGGGGUUUAAUACAUUAAGGCAAAAAAGAAAACAGAUGUA